AUGAACUUUGAAUUACGGAUGCAAAUCAAACAGGGCACCUUCGAUCUAUAUUUUCAUUCCUAAUUAAUAUUUUUCUGUUUUAUACAAGAUUAAUUAUAAAGACAGAAAAUGAAAUUGAAGAACUAUGAUGAUGAUAUACGAUUCAAAGUAAGACAACGAUAUGCUACGAUUUCUGAUUGGAUGUCUAAAACUAUCGAUUCUGAAAAGGUACCUGAAGUGAAACCUAGAUCUUAAUAUAGUGCAGCAAUUAAAAUUCAAACGCCUGCAAUGAUUUCACUCCAGGCUAAAAGUGUAGAUACAGUUCAGGAUCGUAAACCUCGAUUUUCUUAGUCUCAACAACCAACGACUAUGCAAUCAUCUAAAAUAUACAGAAAAUUUAUAGAUCCAAAACACAUUACAAGAUCUAUAGAUUAUUCAGAAUUAGGGGAUUCCCAAGUUAAAAUUAGAAAGAAGAACCCUUAUUAAAAUUAGAGACUUAAUAGAUAAUUUUAGGCUAUUUAUAAUAAGAUGAAACUCAUUUUGGAUUCGUAUAACAACAGAGAAAGAGUCCUUCUGUAAUACAUUGCUAAAUUACAACGAGAAAUCGUAACAUUAAAAUCAGGGCAUAAUCAUCAAACUAUUUGAAUUAUCAACAUUUUUCUUUUAUUUUUUAUCAUUAUAUCAUAUAAA